CAAACGACGCUUCUAUCCAACCUCCGAUGACCGCAUCUACAUCCUUACUCUCCAACUUUUAAUUACAUUUGAUUUUCAAUCCAAUUCCAGCAACCAACGCUAUAACCAACCAACCAAAUCCACCCUCGAAGAAACAAUGGCCACCGACACCCCCCUCGCAAGCACCCCCACCGCCGACUCCCUCGCCAACACCACCCCCCAAACACAACCUCAAUCCCAGCAAACGCAAACAGGCCGACCCGGCGGCGCCCCAGCGCGCGUAUACAUGAACGAGAAGAUCGUGCCGUAUUUACUAGAGGGGAUGAAGGGGGUUGCUAAGGAGCAGUACGUCUCACCUUUUCCCUAUUUUGUGAUUGAGUUGUUGGGGUUACUUGGGGGUUUAUAUGGGGAAUGAAUGAAAGGAAGGAAGGAAGGAAGCUAAUAUGUGAUAUAGGCCGGCGAAUCCGUUGCGCGUGCUGGGGGAGUUUCUGAUUCAGAAGAGUGCUGAGGUUGAGGGGAAGGCGCCUGAGUAGAGGGUUCGGUCGACAGGACAGGUUGAUUGAUCGGAUAACAAUCACCAUGAACUGGUAUCGAAGCUUCUACAUCACUGGACCGGCGCUGGCUGAUAUCCACGACAGUACGGAGUGAAGAUGGUCUCGCCCGGAGCGGUAUAGAAGCAACUGACUGCGUGGCGCUCAAUCGGGUGAACUUAUUCUUAUUCGCUAUCAAGACUGGGGC